GUCGCACUUAUACUUCGUGUAAAAGAAACAGAUAACUUUCUUGUUAUGAUAUAUUGAGUCAAGAAUUAGAUUUCUUAUGAAUAAUGCUAUAUAAUUAAAAAGUUUCCACGAUUAUCAGUAUCCUUGAACAAUUCUUCUUGCUCUCUCCCUUUCCUUACAUGCUUUUUUUCCAUAUUUAUAAUCGUGUAACAUAUCGCAAUCUCAUAUUUGCAAUCAGCAACAAACGAUGUCACGCCCGAUUGCUUAUUUGACAAGAAAAGAAGUGAUAUCUAGCUGUCAUCGUUUGCACAACAACAAUUUAACUGAUGAAGAAAAUAAAAAUGUAUAUGGAAAGUGUAAUAACUAUUGGGGACAUGGCCACAAUUACACAGUUGAAGUUACAGUAUGCGGACCUGUGGAUCCUGUAACAGGUAUGGUGAUGAACUUAUCACAUUUAAAGCUAUAUAUGAAGAAAGUGUUAAUGGAUCAAUUAGAUCAUAAGAACUUGGAUAAAGAUGUACCUUAUUUUAAAAAUGUUGUUUCAACUACUGAAAACCUAGCUAUAUAUGUUUAUAAUGAAUUGAAAAAAGUUAUGCCAAAUCCAUCUCUUCUGUAUGAGGUAAAAAUUCAUGAAACUGACAAGAAUAUUGUUAUUUAUAAAGGAGAACAAAGUUAAUUUUGCAGAAUCUCAGAAUAAAAUAACAAAUAUACUA